AUGAAAGAUUCCCAAAGAUUAUCAGCAAAUAGGAAAAGCAGCAGUGCUGAAAGCUCCUCUCGCAACCAUUCUUUCCCAGCUCAUGAAAAUAGACGUUACACGGGAAUUUCAAAGCAGCACAAACAACAAAUACUCACAAAAAAGACAUCCAAAGAUGAUGGAGCAGCUGCUGCUGCUCUCGGACGGCAAACAAACCAAUCCUCAUUUGAAGAAAUUCUCAAGCUUGCCGGAGGAUAUGCCUAUGAGGGACUUUUUGAAGAAAUGUUUAAAGGAAACAGUUUCAGGAGAUUACCUGUGUUUGAAUUGCUGUCUGAACCUCAACAGGUCCAUUUGAUUACUAGUUUCAUCAUCAAUUACAUUUGCUUUGAUUGUCCUGGUUCAUGUGAGAUAAAAGAGGUCACUCCUAGUGGUACCUCUAUGAAUGCUACACAGCUUUUUCUCAUGAAUAGAGAUCAUGAUUUGAACAUGAGUUUUAUUACCUUAUGCUUUUUAGUUAGGAUGAUUUUGGAGAAAAUUCAUUUGGAGAUGGUACAAGAGGCAGACGAGUAUAGUGAUUAUGAAGAGGAUCCUUUCUUUAAUCCUCGUGAUAAUUUCUAUGAUGACGAUGAUGAUGAUGAUGAAUAUGAUGAUGUUAUAGACAUGAGUCAGGGUUUAAGACAACACGGCUCAGACUUGACAUGCCAAGAACUUUCCAAAAUUGGAGACGCUCUAGUUUCUGUUGGAGAAGCAGUCACUAAAAGAAUGCAGCAAAUGUUACAAAGAGCACAAAGUGUCGUUCAACAAGAAUCUUCCUCCUCCAAUGCACUUCUCAUUGGAAGCAAAACCAGCAGGAAAAUUAUUGCCUCGCAAACGAUUGAGACACUAAGCUUGGAAGUAAAGCAAGAUUUGAGAAAUCAAGGAACGAGACGUCAGACUGACUUUCGUGACCUACGUAAACAGAUUGCCAAUAUAUAUAAGGAAAUUGUUCCCCAGAACCGUUACAAUAAGAAUAUGCAAUACUGUACGAACAUGCAUGUGUGGAUUAAGGUAUUGAGGGUCAUAUUUUCCAAAUUCUUUGUUUCUUAUCCAGAAGAUAUGUAUACAUUUGCCAACACUAAAUUUAGUGAUAGAGAUGUGAAUUUUGUGGAGAUGAUCAAGUUUGUAGAAAGAACAAUGACCACAUUUAAGACCAGUUGGAUACCACAAACAUGGGAUAUCGAUGCUUUCAAGCUAGCCCUCAUUUGCUAUGACGCUCCAUUGUUUACAGGAAAAGAUGGAACAGAACAUUUUACGUCAGAAUUUACAUCAUUUACUAUUCGAAGACUGACUGGUGGACAUAUUGAAAAGUCGCCGCGCAUAGUUAUGGUGGUGUUUCAUCACUUUAUGAAACAAGAGUUACGACAACCCACUCGACAAAUUGAAAGGGCUUGA